AUGUCUGUUAUUGUGCCAAAUGAUAAGGAUGCUAUGGUCUCAGUGGAUGAUAUCAACGAGCACAGCUGUGAGAGUGGAGAUCAAAGGCGGAAAAGGCCGAAGCCAGUGGUCACCGAUUUGGAUAAGCCUCUUCUCAAGCGAGACACCCUACAAUUUCUGCCCACCUCGGAGUUGUCGCUGGCGUUCCUCUCCUCGCAGCUCGCCGCCUCUCAGCCACUAUCACCAUGCGGAAGUUCCGACGGGCUACCCUCAGCGCUAGUGCAGGCAAACGAGCUGGACCCGUUGCCGAGUUCGAAGGAGGGAUUGGCACGGUUUCUCAAUCAAAUAUCAUGCGAUAAUCAUUCGUCAACGCCCUCCCCCUCGGAAAUGUCGGAACCGUGGCAAUGUGUGGAUUGCGAAGUGAUCGAUUUCUCGAAAGUUCCCGACGGAGAGAUGACGCAUGUGCUGCGGAUAAGGUGUACGUAUUCUCACUACACGAUGGCCAUCCCCCUCAUCUCUCCCUACACACAAUCUAUCAUCGAUGCCCUCUCGCAGCCAAUAUGUCUCUUCGAUGAACCAGAGAGACUACGAUUCGACCCCUCGUUCAAGAAUGGCGACCUACGCGACAAGCUGCACGCCAAGUAUCCGGGCAUUGAAUUGUGCUUCUACACGAGGGAUGAUAGGACCGAUAGAGAAGACCACUCAUCGCUGCGUCGUCAGAUUCUUGGCUGGUUGAUGGAAUCGGGUGUACAAUCAAUUGGAUGGGCAAAAGCAUUGCCUCAAAUAUCUCUCGAAUAUAAUCGAACGGAAGAUAUUCAUCUACACACCACACCCAUUCAACGAUUCUUCAGAAGACGAACGCAGCGCUCGGGAUCGAUCGAAUCGGGGCGAAGGGCCGACUCCCACGAGGCGUUCAGCGAUUUUACCGAGGGAACUGACGAGACAUCCCCCGAGCCGGCCGUCGAAGUGAAGCCGCAGAUU